UUUUCAAACAUCCUCCUACGUGCCCAUGAGUAAACCAAUCCCCCGGUAUAUUAGUUUUAUAAUGAAGGCACCUUGCCCAGCAGAUAACAUUUACAAUUGUUUCCAUGUUCCUUUGGGUCAAUACCACUUCCCUGUAGAUAACGCGCUGUGCAGAUGCUCAUUCUGCCUUUGAAUUAGCAUGUUUAUCUGAGAGCCCUUUGCAUGAGCGCAAACAUGAUUCCCCUUACAAGGACGCCUUGUUCAUUGUAUUUUUAUUGACUCGGUAUAUAGCAGGAGCUCAUGCUUUACUGACGGGUCAGAAAAUGAAUCAAACACAGCCCGAGCUUUGUUGCCCCUUCGAAGCUCCACUUCUGGACCAGCUUUUGCCUCCAAUACUGAUCCUGGAGUUCAUUAUUGGUCUGAUGGGGAACUUUGUCGCCCUGUCAAUGUUCAUCUUCUACAUGGACACGUGGAAACCCAAUUCGGUGUACCUGACUCAGCUGGCUGUUGCAGACUCCAUCGUCCUGUUCUGCUUGCCCUUCAGGGCAGACUACUACAGGCGCGGUAAGAACUGGAUCUACGGUGAUAUUCCAUGUCGCAUCCUCCUGUUUCUGCUGGCAGCCAACCGUGCAGCAGGGAUCUUCUUCCUCACGGCCGUGGCUGUUGACCGAUACUUCAAGAUCGUCCACUCGCGGAACCCGAUCAACCGCCUGGGUCUGGGCUACGCGGCGUUAGUGUCACUCGGCCUCUGGGGUCUGAUUUUUGUCGCAACUGGACACCUGCUCGCAGAUCAGCACUUCGACUUCCAUAACAACCGCACACAAUGCGAGAGCUUCAACAUCUGCAUGGGGUUUACUCCCCUCUCCACCUGGCACAAUGCCUUCUAUGUCAUCCAGUUUUUCCUCCCCACCGCCAUCGUGGCCUUUUGCACCAUCAGAAUAACCUGCCAGCUGAACAACAGGACUGUGGACAAACAGGGGAAGAUCAAACGAGCUGUUCAGUUUGUCCUGGCGGUGGCCCUCAUCUUCAUCAUCUGCUUCUUCCCAAGCACUGUGUCGCGUGUCGCUGUGUGGAUCCUCAAGGUUUGGUAUGAUGAAUGCCACUACUUUGAAGAGGCCAACCUGGCCUUCUACACGUCUGUGUGUUUCACCUACUUCAACAGCGUCCUCAACCCUCUUGUCUAUUAUUUCUCAAGCCCGGUCUUCAGCGGCACCUUCAGUAAGAUCCUGAACAAAAUGCUGGGCAGAAGCAUUGACGAAGAUACGACGGCGUCCUCUAACAUAUCUACUGUUGAUGGUAGACGGGGUUGAGGUGAUGAAUUUGAAUAUUUCACAAUGAUAUUGGAAAAGAUAUUUGUAAGUAAGUAAGUAAGAUAUUUGUUGAAAGCUAAUAAAAACUAGAAAAGAGGUUCUGCUGUUAAGAACAAAAAUUACUUGACUAAUAUGUAGCAGUGUGGUGCUGUUGACUUGCUUUAACUCUGUUUUGAGUCCGGUUGGAUUUUUAAAUUCAAGUUGUGUCAGUGAGCAACCAACUUCAGUAGCAAAGAGAUCAAGAGAUGUAUAAGGAUUUUGAAGCGUCUCAAUUACAGUUCAUAGUUACAAUUCACAAGUGAAUAGCAGCUUCUUUUUUUUUUUCGUUUAAUGAAUUUAGGGAUCUGUGAAGCAUGCAAUUUUAGUUUGUAUUCAAUCAUGAAGUUAUUGACAUGUACACAAUUGUUUUUUUCAUAAUGGAAGGUUUUGCAUGAUUACAUCUUUUUCAUCCUAUCUGGCAACAUAUUGUAAACUUUACAUUCAUUUUACAUUAUUUGAAACCUGUAAACCAUGUUGGAAAGUUAAAUAAAUAAAUAUAUUUGUAAUUUGUGCAUUUUCCAGUGCUGCAAAGGAAUCAAUUGAUGUAAUUUCCUUUGUAUGCAACUUUCCAAUUACAUUUAAUUCACAUUUGAUAGGGCUUUUUUUUUUUUUACUGUUUAGAAAAUUGUGCUCCCAGAUUAUAACAAAUAAAGCAGAGCUUGUUAAUUAU